AUGUAUGGUACAUUGUCAGUUAAAUGGGCAAAAAGUACAUUCUUUAUGGGACACUGGUGCACAAGUGUCACUGAUCUCAAAAAAAAAUGGCUGGAUGAACAAUUGCCUGAUUUACCUAUAAAGAACAUUGAAUCCUUAUUUAACGAUGGGACAGAACUUGACUUAAAAACUGCUAAUGGGACACCCAUGCCAUAUGAAGGGUUUGCUGUAGUUGAGUUCAAAUUAGAAACAGCAAGCACGGAUCGGACAAUUAUGGUACCAAUGUUAGUGACUCAUGAAACGCUUGAUUAUCCAAUCAUUGGGUAUAAUGUAAUAGAAGAAUUAGUUAAGAAAGACAAGGUACCAGAUCAAAUUGUGAUGGAAUGGGCAGCUUCAUUUCCUGAUGUUAAUUGUGCAAAGAUACAAUCCCUUGUAAGUUUGAUUCAAGCCCCAUCACCUGAACACCUGUGUUUCGUGAAGACCAUUAAACAGGACGUAGUUGUUCCUCGCAAAACAACUGUUAGUAUUAAGUGCCGUGCAAAUACAGGACCUGUCGAAAAGCGGAUACCAGUACUUUUUGAACCUAGUAGUGAACAGUCAUGGCCAAGUGGUUUGCAAAUAACUGAAGAACUGCUAACCAUUCCCCACGGGUCAUCCUGUCGAGUCCAAAUUAAUGUCUCUAACACCAGCAAUCAUGACAUUACACUUAACAAACGAACAGUUUUGGGAACAUUACAGUUAGUAAAAUCAGUAACACUACAGGAAGUUCGUCUAAAGGAUGUAGACUUGGGUAAGACUCAAGCUGUUAACUCUGUUUAUUCUGAACCUGGAAAGAACUGCCCAAUGCCUACAAUGGAAGAUGGAGUGCAAACGUCACAAACUACAGAAAACAGAGAUAAUGACUAUAACCCCAUCAACGAUUUAGACCUCAGUGGUCUUACAACACAACAACGGGUUAUGGUGAAACAAAUGCUCGAAGAAGAAAAAGAAUCCUUCUCAACAUCCGAUGAUGAUAUAGGCUGCAUAGAGGAACUUGAAUUGAAACUGAAUAUGAAGGACCAAACACCAGUCCAGAAAACCUACAAUUCUAUUCCACUACCUUUGUACCACAAAGUCAAACAAUAUAUCGAAGAUCUGCUAAACCGCGGGUGGAUAACGAAGUCAAAGUCCCCAUAUUCAUCCCCUGUCGUAUGUGUUCGUAAAAAGAAUGGUGAAUUACGUUUAUGUGUCGAUUAUCGCGAAUUGAACAAACGUACUACUCCAGAUAGACACCCAUUACCGAGAGUACAGGACACACUAGAUGGGUUGGGUGGAAACAAGUGGUUUUCUUUAGUGGACCAGGGCAAAGCGUACCACCAAGGGUUUAUGCAUGUAGAAAGUAGACCUAUGACUGCUUUUGUAACCCCUUGGGGGUUAUACGAGUGGGUGCGUAUACCUUUCGGCUUGACCAAUGCCCCAGCGUCAUUUCAGCGCUUCAUGGAAGGGUGUUUGGAAGGACUGCGAGAUGACAUCUGCCUACCCUAUUUGGACGAUAUAAUAGUGUUCAGUAAGACAUUCGAGGAACACAUAGACCAUCUCAGAACUGUACUACAACGGUUGCGUGCCCAUGGUGUUAAAUUAAAGGCAAAGAAAUGUAAUUUAUUUCAAAGGGAAGUCUGCUACCUUGGAAGAAUUGUCUCUGAGAAAGGUUAUCGAAUUGAUCCCAAGAACGUUAGUGCAUUAAAGUCGCUGAAGGAGAUGCCUCCAAAAUCAAUUGGGGAAGUUAGAAAGCUAUUGGGACUUCUUGGCUAUUAUCGUCGCUAUGUUCCUGACUUCUCAAGACUAGCAAAACCGUUGUUUGAUCUACUGAAAGACACGGGAAAAGCGAACUGUGUUCGAUCUUCUAAACCUGUUACGUGGUUACAACUACACCAAGAUGCACUUAACUCCCUCAUUGAUCUCCUUUCAAGUCCACCGAUUCUAGCGUAUCCCGAUGUAAACCUGCCGUAUACAUUAUAUACUGAUGCUUCCGACAAAGGCCUGGGUGCUGCUCUAUACCAAUGUCAAGAAGGCAAGCUGCGAGUGAUUGGAUAUGGUUCGCGGACGUUGACAGCAGCUGAAAAGAAUUACUAUUUGCAUUCUGGGAAGCUUGAAUUCCUGGCUUUGAAGUGGGCCAUCACAGAGCACUUUAGAGACUACCUCUAUUACGCACCAUCGUUUGUUGUAUAUACUGACAAUAACCCAUUAACGUACAUCACAUCCUCAGCCAAGUUAAAUGCUACUGGACAUCGUUGGUUAGCGGAACUAGCCGACUUCAAUUUCACCAUAAAGUAUCAUCCUGGCCGUAAGAAUCAAGUUGCUGAUACGUUGUCGCGAAUGCCUGUGAACGUCGAAGAAUACAUAAGCCAAUGCACUGCAGAGACAAGCCAGGAGGACAUCGAAGCCAUCAAUCAAGGAGUGGAAGCACAGGCAGCAGGAAAGACUACUUGGAUCAACGCAGUUACAGGUAACAUGGAUAUAGCAGACCAAAAUGAAACAGCAGGUGCUACCCGACAGGAGAUUUCGCCAAAAGCUUUAUACAGUGCGCAACGAAAUGAUCAUAAUCUUAAACAAGUGAUCCAGUAUUUAGAAAACAGCACCGAAAAACCGUCAAUAAGAGACAGAGUGGCUGAAACAAAGACGACACGCCGCCUAAUGAAUGAAUGGAAGAAGCUGGAACUCGGAGAAGACGGGAUACUGCGACGUCGCGCCGGAGAAUAUCUACAACUGGUGUUACCCAGGCAAUUUCAUCGAAUGGUGUAUCGUGAACUCCAUGAAGAGAUGGGCCAUUUAGGAUGGGAGAGAACAUUUCAAUUGGCAAAAACGCGGUUCUAUUGGCCUUAUAUGCAACGGGACAUACAGCAUUAUAUCACAAAUGUGUGCUCCUGUUUGAAACAGAGACGUCCAAAAGUAUUUCCUAAAGCACCACAACAACACCUCACAUCUUCAGCACCGUUUGAACUAAUAUCGAUCGACUUUGUUCACUUGGAAAAGAGCAAAGGUGGUUAUGAAUACAUUUUAGUCGUUGUAGAUCACUUCACCCGAUUCGCCCAGGCGUAUGCGACCCGUAACAAAUCUGCUAGAACUGCUGCUAACAAGUUAUACAAUGAUUUUGUCCUUCGAUUUGGGUUUCCGUCACGUAUUCACCACGAUCAGGGCGGUGAAUUUGAGAACAAUCUGUUUAAACAUCUAGAGGAACUUUGUGGAGUACAACAUUCUAGAACAACGCCAUACCACCCCGAGGGAAAUGGACAAGCCGAACGAUUCAACCAGACCUUGCUUGCCAUGCUCAGAACCCUGCCAGAAGAAAAGAAGUCGAAUUGGGCAGACAGUCUAAACAAAGUCGUACAUGCGUAUAACUGUACGAGGAACGAUGCAACAGGAUUCGCACCAUUCUUCCUAUUGUUUGGUAGAGCACCAAGACUACCUAUUGAUCAGAUAUUUGGACUGUGUCAUCCAUCGCAGAGUGUAAGUUAUCCAAAGUAUGUGGAACAGUGGGCUACGGAUAUGAAAGAUGCGUACGAGAUCGUUAGAAAGAGAACGGGGCAUCAACUUCACACAAGAGGAGAGAGAGAGCGGAAGAGAGCACAUAGUUCGGCACUUAACCCAGGUGAUCGAGUCCUGGUUCGUAACUUGAGCGAACGUGGGGGACCAGCAAAACUUAGAGCUUACUGGGAAGACAAGAUACACAUUGUCGUCGAACGAAAAGGUCAAGAUAGCCCAGUGUACAAAGUAAAAUCGGAAGGAGCAGAAGGAAGAAUACGUGUUCUUCAUAGAAACCUGCUUCUACCCUGUCACUUUUUGGAGCAACAAUCAGCAAACAAAGGGAACAAAAGGAAUAGUAGAAAUCGGAAAAAGCGACCUGUCAAAACAUCCCACGUUACUGAUGAAGCAAUGAGUGAAGCACGAGAAUCCGGCACGGACGGAGAUGGCUACUCAGAUAUAAACUUCGAAGAAUACAGAUCAGCCCAAAGACCAGAACCAGUCGUAGUACCUGAUGUACAGAUUAAUGGAGACAUUCCAAACGAAGGCCCUGAUCUGGUGAAUGUCAAUGACCAAGGUGGAGAAGAAUUAAACGGAGAAGUUCCUCCGCACAAUGAAAUUGGAAACGUAAAUGCACCAGUCCAAAACGAAAUGGCCGAGAACGAAGACCAACCAUGGAACGACGAAAAUAUUGAGGACCCUUGGCCAGCAGAACGCCCGCAACGAGUAAGACAACCACCGGUGCGAUUCGGAUAUAAUCAACCGGGAAACCCAGCAUUAUUUUGUCAAGCUGUUAAUACGAAUCUGCAACCUUGGCCGAUGACCCCUUACCCACCUUGGAACCCAGGAUGGUUACCACCACAACCGCAAUUUUGGUCACCGAUCGCGAUGCAGUGCCCUUGGCAAAUGUUUCAUCCGCCGAUGUGCAACGCAUCAACGCCGUUUUACCCCAUUGGACCAGUAGGAAUGUGGUAA